CGAAUAAUAUAGUUCUUAUUGCUCUUGUAGCAAGCAAUCGCUCUAUUCGCUAUUCAAAAUGGCGACCGUGUGGCGUUCACAGUACGCGUUUGCACGUUUUUUUGUUGGAAAAACCGGGCGGAUCCUGAACAACGCUGCAGAUUUGGGUACAAAACUUACACCAGAGUCAAUAUCGGCACAAGUUACAAGAAAUUACUCUAACUACGCACAUUCUCCGUUUGUUAGAAAAAUUAAAGAACAAUAUGAUUUCGACAUCGUAAAAAAUCCUCCAGAAUGGACUUACGUAGAACGCCUCUUGCCUCUAGAAACUAUACCUCCGGUAGUACCAAAAGAGAGCUACCCCUCGGGUUGGAUACCACCCAAAGAAGAAGCCAAAGAAUUACCAUAUUAUAUGCCACGAACUAAAAAUCACGAAUUACCAAUAUAUCUGACGAUUACUCAUAAAGGUCAAAGAAAAAUAACGGCAUUGAGGAAGAUAGAAGGGGAUAUUUGGUUAAUGAAUGAUUUAAUAAAAGAACAUUUACAAGAAAAGCUAAAUCGCUACGUAGAAACUAGAGUUCAUGAAUUUGGUAGAUUUAUUGAAGUGAAGGGAGAUUUUGUAAAUCUUCUUAAAGAAUGGGCAUACUCUAAAGGUUUUUAAAUGAAUGUUAGAUGAAGAUUGUUAAAUAAAUUUUGAAUAGUAUA